CCUCCUUUCAAAUUUCGGUCACGCAGCUUUGCCCAGAUUUGAGAGGAAGCAUGGUGGAUGUUUUUCUUUUGUCGCAGCUCAUAUUGGCUUUUUAUUUAAAGGGGGGAGAACGCGUUUAAAGCUGAUGGGCACUGAUGCCACGUCUUUAUCCGAUUAAUCAUCCCGCGAUUGAUUCUGGAAAAUCUAAAUUUGAGUUAUUUUUGGAUCGCCCUCAUCCGACCGCACUACUGCACCACAUUUCACGUUUGCCAAUCCGCCUGUUUAUACUAUCUGCAGCACAUCGAGUCCACUCCACACACACUUAGAUCUACAUAAAGGAUUUUAUUUAUACAGGUUUGUAUCAUCCAGUAGCAGUGAUGCGAUGCCGUGAAGGCAGUGAAGCACAGUGAGGUGAUGGACCAUGUCAAGCCCAGCGGGUUCGAGCCUCCUGCGCUCCUGGUCCUGACUGCAGCGGAGAGAGACACCUGAGAAGCGGGUGUCACCGUCAUCUCCGGAUGCUGCGCCGAAGAAUGGGAUACGUCGACCCAUCGUCGGGUAAAGACAUACUCGGCAACAGAUCUCUUUGUUUCAUAUUUAUUUGCGCAUUCGGACUCGUCACGUUGUUGCAGCAGAUCCUCUAUGGCAAAAACUACAUUAAGAGUGCACAACAGUUUAGCCGACUCAAAGGGGACGAGACAGGAAAUUGGACCGGUCCAGUUAAUUUCUCGGAUGAUGGAUCGCUGAGGCCUGCCAGAAAUGGAAGGAAAAGAUGUUUCCGUCAGAAUUUUCAGCCUGAUUCACAGAUCGCCAUAAUAUUCAGACCCUGCCUAGCUGUCAUUAAGAAGACAAAAAAACGCACUCAAAGGUAUCUGGAAAGCUAUGAAGGUUCCUUUGACUACAACUCCACUACGUGCAGGGAGCUCAGGCAGGAGAUUAUGGAUGUCAAAGUCUUGACAAUAAACAUUAAUCGGAAAGUACAUGGCCAUGGGUAUCCUUCCUCAUACCACAAGUCUCUCUGCCUAUCUGCCAGGGUGAAAACCUCCGACCUUUUUGAGAGGUGGCGGAACCUGCAGGUGUGUAAGUGGGAGCAGAGCAAGGAGGAGGCAAGCAACUUCAAGAUGUCUCUGUCUCGUUGCUGUAAUGCGCCUUCGUUUUUGUUCACCACCAAGAGGAACACUCCUGCAGGGACCAAGCUGAGGUACGAGGUGGACACCAGUGGCAUCCUUCCCAUUUCCACGGAGGUGUUCAAGAUGUUCCCGGAUGACAUGCCUUAUUCCAAAUCGCAGUACAAGAAAUGUGCUGUUAUUGGAAACGGCGGCAUCCUGAAGAACAGCAAAUGUGGAAAGGAAAUCGAUUCAGCAGAUUUUGCCUUCAGGUGCAACAUACCACCCGUUAAUGACAAGUACUCUGAAGAUGUUGGCACUAAAACAGAUUUGGUGACAGUAAAUCCCAGCAUAAUUACUGAGAGAUUUCAGAAACUGGAGAAAUGGCGGCGCCCUUUUUAUGAAGUGCUCCAGAAUUACGAGAACUCCUCAGUGGUGCUUCCAGCCUUCUACAACACGCGCAACACAGACGUCUCGUUCAGAGUUAAGUACAUGCUGGAUGACUUUGACUCCCAGAGAGGCGUGUUCUUCUUCCACCCGCAGUAUCUGCUUAACGUGCAGCGGUUCUGGGCGGUGCAGGGCAUCCGGGCCAAGCGGCUCAGCAGCGGCCUGAUGCUCGUCACCGCCGCCUUGGAGAUGUGCGAAGAGGUCCACCUCUACGGUUUCUGGGGAUUUCCCAUGAACCCCUCUGGCAUCUUCAUCACUCACCACUACUACGACAAUGUCAAGCCACGGCCGGGCUUCCAUGCGAUGCCUCAUGAAAUUUUCAACUUCAUUCAGAUGCAUACUCGUGGUAUCAUCCAUGUACACACGGGGCAGUGCACGUGAUCCCUCACUCUUCUGCUUCAACGGGGAACCUCAACAUUUGAACUUUAGUUCCUUUUAUUUAAAAGCAGGGUUGUCUGCCAUCUUUUUAUUUUUGGUGAAUUUGACAAAUUACAAUUUCCUCCGGAGAAGAGUUGGCCUGGAGCGUAUACUUCUUUGCACUCACUGACUCAACUACACAUUGAAGGUUGCUUGCUUCAAUUACCAGUGUACUUCUGUUAAAGAUGUGUAUCUUAAAGGUCCAGUGUGUAACGUUUAAGAGGGUUUAUUGGUAGAAAUUUAAUAUACAGGAGUAUGUUUGUAUAAGUGUGCAAUCACUUUAAAAUCAUUUUUUAGAAAAAGUUAAGUUUUUCCAGCCUUAGAAUAAGCCUUUUAUAUGUACUUUAAACAAGGGCCUUGUUUUACAAAGGCCACCAUCUUGCAGCACAUGUUUCUACAACAAUUCAAACCAGCCAGAUAUGCAUUUUGUGAUUUGAAAUAGAAGCUUCCUACACAAAUGGCAAACGAAGGCCACUAUAAUUCCCUGACACACAUAUGGAGAUCUGCGGACGAGUCCUCCUUAUGCUACAGUCACUAAUUCUUACACACUGGACCUUAAAGUUGUUAAUUUAUUCAGUCAAAUCACUCUGGUUACAUUUGACAAUAGGAUGCUUGUUUUUAAUGUAAAAAAAGUACUCUUCAUAGUGAUGUUGUUUCUGUGAAGUUUUCUAGUGGCUCUUCUGUACAGAGGUUUUGUUUUCUACUUAAUAUUGCACAAGAUGUUUAUGCCAAUAUGGGGGCAAUUGUGGGCUUCUUCGUGCUCCCUCAUCCCUACUUUCUUCUUCUGUGUGGGUGUGGCAGCUUUUCAUGUUUCUGAUAAACACAACCUGAACCUUGACAUUAGGCUUAUAAUUUAAAAAGAAAAUAGGCAUAAAUGACAUUGUAACAUCCAUUUGUCUACUUUUGUAAUCUAUUUCCUAUUCACCUGAUUAAUUAGGUGAAUAUUUUAAGACACUAUUAGAAGGCCUGUUUUCAUUGGCCUCCCAAUUAAAAUUUUUAUUUGAUUGUUUUGGUUAAAAAUGUGGUGGGGAAAGGAGAAGAAGCAAGGGUGUUUUUGUUUGUUUGUUUGUUUGUUUCAUUCUUUCUUUCUUUCUUACUUUCUUUCUUUCACAAUGGCAAAGCCAGACAGACAUUCUGCAGUGACUUUUCAUGCCAUCCAAUCUGAGCACUGCUGAUGGACCCAACCUCUUGUUGUCAUUCAUGUCUUAAGCCAUGCUGCCUUAUGAGAUAUCAGGCCCCUCUAUACAUGAUAUGCAGUGCACCCAUGUGGUUUGCUUGUCUUCACAUUAAAAAUCAAACUAAAUCUUAGUUGAUGUCUUGAAAAAACUGAUUCUACAUUUUGAGAGCCUUUAAAGAUGUGCAGCUUGUGUUCUCUUGAAAGUAGUGAAGUGUGAACAUCAUGCACUCAUAAUCACGUACUGCUCUGCAUGACUUAACUCUGUAGCUGGCUUUGUGUGCACCUGCUUCAACGGUCACUAAAAUAUGUUUACACUGAAGCCUUGACUGAAUCUUACAGUGCUUUUGGAGAUGUAUUAAACUAAAACUACAAACUUUUUCUGGGAAAGAUGAAUGGAUUUCCUAAAAGUGAGCUGUACAACAGUGUGGAUGCUGUUUGAAGAUGGAAGAACGAUGAUGCCUGUGCUUUUGUGAAAUGAAGAUUUUUUGAAUUAUUUGACUGUCCCCCAUUGAACUGUGCAUAUUGAGUUUGCACUCCAGAAAGCAUUGUGCAUUUAACACCGAGUAUGUUUGGUUUCUAAUGACUACUUGCAAAAGGUUUUAUGGUAACUAAAUUCAUUGGUCGUCACUGGUCAUUCUCAUGCUUGGCUGAACACUUCAUUUCCCCCUUUGUGUUGGGAGAUUUGAUUAAGACAUUUCUUUCAUAAUUUUGAAAUGUUGUAAAGACAUAUAAGUGUCUUAUAUGUGCAGAAUGGAGGUUAUAAACAGUAUAACACAGUUCUUUCCUAACUGAUUCCAAAUCAUUCUUUAUACUGGUAUUGUGUUUGUAAAUAAACUGUUUGGAUUUUC